CUCGCAGAAAGCCAUGCGCCACACCAGAGCUUGCGGUGGGCUCCAGCUGUCCCCGCAACGAGAGGCCUACGCAAAGCCUAUUGCUUUAAUCAGAGCGAUAGUAGUCUUGCAGUCAUCGUACGUACAAGUCGGACGGCGGCGGCGCGAUGGAGCCGUAAGCACGCAGCUGCGCCGGAUGCUCUGGAACGACCUUGCCCUUUGUUGUGAAAUCUCAACAGUAUCUUUUUGGAUUUCGAAGCAGACGCCACUGGGACCAGUUGCGCAAUGCCAAGCGACGCCAGCGUCUUCUCGCCCGCGACGGUCGCCAAGCACUACCGCGAGACGACGCGGCACAUUGUGCUGCCCAACGGCCUCAGCGUCGAGUACGCCGUCCACGGCGACGACGAGGCGCCCGAGAAAGUCCUGCUCAUCAUGGGCCUCCACUUUGAAAAGGAGGCGUGGCUUCCGCUCAUCGCUACGCUGCUCGAUGAUGCCGAGCGGUCGCCUCGCGUGCAGCUCGUCUCGUUCGACAACCGCGGCGUCGGCGGCUCGGACAAGCCAUGGGCAUUCUACUCGACGUCGCAGAUGGCCCAAGACACGUUGCAGCUCCUCGACGCCUUGCAGUGGCCGUCGGCCCACAUCGUUGGCAUCAGCAUGGGCGGCAUGAUCUCGCAGGAGCUUGCGCACGCGGCGCCACACCGCGUGCAGUCGUUGAGCCUCCUCGUGACGGCGCCGGGCUUUCGCCGAGGGCCGUUGCCCCGACUGCACCAGCUUGCCGGCUACUGGAAGUCGUGCGUCAACAUGAUUUUGCCGACGCGCGAAAGCAUCACCGACAUGCUUCUCUACGUCUUGUACCCCGACACGUUUCUUGGUGCGUCCGACGGCCACGUCGGGAAGCUCCUCCACGAGUUUCACAUGCACCGCCUCCAGUACGCGCGCAACCAGAUCAGCGGCGCGAUCGGCCAAGCGACCGCGCUCCUGCGCCACGACAUGAAUAGCGACCGGCUCCGGCAGGUCCAAGGCGCGGGCUUCCCGAUUCUUAUCGUCGCCGCCAAGCUCGACCGGCUCCUCCACUCGGACAACUCCAAGUUCCUCUACAAGCAUCUCAAGGGCCCUCAGACGCACAAGCUCGUCUUUGACGACACGGGCCACGGCGUGCACGUGCAAAAGCGGCACGAAGUCGCCGCCGCCUUGCUGCAGCUCUUCGCGAGCAACCCGAUGGCGCAGGUGUAACCGGAUCCGGAUAAAUGACGUGGCAGCGUGCAUGGCAUGUAUUUGAAUACGCAAUGUUGCGUGUGUCGGAGCCGGG